AUUUUAUUAAAAGAAAUAAAUACACUUAUUAUUAAUAUCAUAUUUACAUAUAAACAAUUUUUUAGCAACUAGAUCAAAUUUUAAUGCCUGUAGAUAAAGCUGAGAAGCGUAGACUAAAGAAAAUUAGAGAAUUCUAAAAAAUAGAUGAAUAAAUUCUAAAAGCUGUCCCAUAUAAAGUCCUUCAAAGCCAAAUAACUUAAGAUUUAAAAAUAGGGUUUUUUAGGCUAUUUAGAUUCUCUUCGAAAGAUGAUAAAAUAAUGAUGAUAUUUGGAACAUUAGCAGCUAUUGUAAAUGGUGGAUGCAUUCCUCUGUUUAGUUAUUUGUAUGGAGAAGUGCGUGAUGCUAUGAUUACAGCGAUACAAAAAAAUAAAUCCUAAAACAGCGAAAUUACAAAUGUUUCAGUUUUCUUUUUGAUAAUAGCAGCAGUUUGCUUUGUAGCAGCAUUCAUUUAACAAUACUGCUGGGCUGUUGCGGGAACAUCACAGUCUAUUAAAAUAAGAAUUGAGUAUUAUCAUUCACUAUUUAGAUAGGAUAUGAGUUGGUAUUUUAAAGAAGAUAAAUUGAAAUUAGUUAAUCGAAUCCAGACUGAACUCUUCAGCAUAACAGAUGGAAUAGCUGAAAAGGUUGGCUACUUAAUUUUAAUUAUUUCAAUAGGAGUCAGCAGUCUAAUACAGAGUUUUCUAACACAUAUAUCGAUGUCACUAAUACUUGUGGUUACUAUUCCUUUAUUAGCUUAUCCUUUUUAUCACUAUGAAAAAACUGAGAGGCUUAUGGAGUAAUAGAGACAAGAAGACAAAUCCUAAGCAGGAAAAAUUUUCGACUAAUCAGUUCAGCAUAUUUAAUCUAUAAAAUCAUAUAAUAAGCAAGACAUUAUUUUUGAAAAAUACGAAGAACACAUAAUGGAGGCAAAGUCGAAAAAUAUUAAAAGUGGUAUUAAGCUAGGAGUUAGUUUAGGAAUAACAGUUUUUGCUUUGUUUUUAUAGAAUGCCUUGAUUCUUUUAAUUGGAUCUUUGAUGGUAAAGAAUAAUUUUAGAAAUGCUAUGUCAGGAAGGGCAACUGAUUUGUCAGACGUUUUAAUAGUUUUUAUUUGCUUAUUAAUUUGUGGAAUUGUUUUUGGAUAAUUAAGUCCAUUACUAAAUAUGAUCACAAGAGCUAGACAUGCUGGUGGGAGAGUAUUUUCUACUAUAGAUGCUAUCCAAAAUAUCAAUCCAUAAAAUAAGAUAGGAAAAGAAAUAGGAGAUCUUAAAGGUCAUAUCUAAUUUCAGAAUGUUACCUUCAAAUAUAGAGUCAAUAAUUAAUUAUAUGAAUGCUUAGAUAAUAUUUGUUUGGAUAUUUUGCCAGGAGAGAGAAUAUUUCUAAUUGGGUAGUCGGGAAGCGGAAAAAGCACUUUAGCUAACUUAAUCAUGAGGUUUUACGAUCCUUAGCAAGGCACUAUAUAUUUAGAUGGAGAAGAUAUCAAAGACAUCAAUCUCAAAUGGCUACGUUCUUAAUUUGGAUACAUAGGAUAAGAACCAGAAAUAUUCUUUGGAAGCAUUAAGAGUAAUUUGCUCAUUUCUAAACGGGAAGCAUCUUUAGAAGAGUUGUAUAAUGUACUAGAAUAAGUUUAUUUAUUGAAUAUUGUGUAAAAUUUAGACCUUGGUAUAGAUUCUGAUGUUAAAAAUUUGUCAGUUGGAGAGAAACAAAGAUUGUGUAUUGCUCGUGUACUGUUGAGAAAACCAAAAAUAUUUAUUUUUGAUGAACCUAUUUCUUCUUAGGAUUUUAAAAUGGAAAAAUAAAUACAAUAACUAAUUGAUGAAAUAACGAAAAAUUAUACAUCGAUAAUCAUAUCUCACUCUUUUAGUAAAAUCUAACAAUAAGAUAAAAUUAUUAUAAUGAACAAAGGUAAAAUAUUGAAGUAAGGAAAGCACUCAGAUUUAAUUAAUGAAGAUGGAAUAUAUCUUAACAUAAUUUAAGAGCGCUAAUAUAUUACUGAAGAAAUUGACUACUUUCUGAAACAAUAAAUAGAAGAACAAAUGAAAAAAACACUUGAAUUUGAAGAAGUUGAAUCCCUUAAUAACUAAGAUAUUGAUUCAAAUCAUUUAAAUAAAUUUUAAGAAAUUAAAUUAUCAAAAAGCGAAUCUGUUAAAAAGCUUGAUAAACAAAAAAAACAAUUAGAAAGAUUAAAAAGCAAAAUUUAGUAUAACAUUGAUAAAAAAUUUAUGAAUAUUGAUUUUGCUUAUCAAAAUAAUGAGUUGCCUCCUGAAAAUGUGUUAUUUAACUUUGGAGAACAUAAAACAUUUAGUUAAUUUACCAAUCAUUAAAAAAAGAGAAGAAGCACUCUAAUUUAGAGUAACAAUUAAGUUUAAUUAAUCUCAAAUAGUGUAAACUAAAAAGAUAAUUGUGUAGUUAGUAGCUAAGGACAAGUUUCUAAAAAGUCUAAUUCUUAGGAAUAAAAAAAGGCUUACUUGCUUGAUGCUUAAGAAAUAGAAUUACAAUUAAUAUCAGGUUAAAUUGACCAUAAAAAAAUUUAGUAAAUUGAGAGUAUAUAACAACAACAAAAUUCAGUUCUUAGAAAAGAAGAAAUAAAAGCAAGCUAGGACAUGAACUCUGAUUUAAAGUCUCAAACUUCUUAGUUAAAUGUGAAUGAUAGUAAAAAAAGAUAAGAUAUGUACGGUAACGGAAAGCAAUGGUUGAUAAACUACUAAAAUUAAGUUAAGUAUAAUACAUUAACAAUUUUUAAACAUAUCUUAAAAGAAAAAGUGGCUUUGAAAGGAAUGAUAUGGUAAACUAUAGGCAUAUUGAUGGCUAUUAUUCAUGGAGCAAUUUAUCCCUUUAAUUGCAUAAUUAUAGCUGAUACAAUUUAUAAUGUUUCUAAUUACACCCUCAACCCAACUUUGAAAAACUAAAAUCUUAUUAUUUAAAGUCUGAUCAAAUUUAUUUAUACAGGAAUUACAGGUUUAAUUUCUGCUACUCUUAUGACUUAUUCUUUAAAUGUUGCAGGAGAAACGCUUUCUUUCAAUCUCAAAAAAUAUAUUUUUAGAAAGACUCUUCACCUACCAGUUUAAUGGUUUCUAAAAAAAUAAAAUAAAUUAGGUGCUUUAAACGAGAUGAUAAAUGUGGAUACUUAAAAAUUAAGUAAUUUAGUGAGUACAAAAUUAAGUUAAUAAGUACAAAAUGCAUCUUCGGUUAUCACUGCACUUAUAGUUUCAUAUCAUUUUAAUUACAGAUUGGCUAAUAUAAUUGCAGUAAUAUUCCCAAUUAUAUUUAUAGCUGGUUUUUUUAUUAAAAGAAACAGCAGCAGUGAUAGAUAAGAAAAGGAGAUAACUGACCAUAAAGCGAAUGAAUUUAUACAAGAUGCAAUUUUAAAUAGCAAAGCAAUUGCAAGUAUGGUAUAUGGACAUGAAUAUCUCCAAGAGUAAUUCGCACUUCUUUAUGAAGAGUAGCAAAAUAUGCUAAAGAAAAAAGCCAAGAAAUAAGCCCUUUUGUAUGCUAUUGCUAUGUUCAUUAUUAUUUCAAGCUAAUCUUGGUUUUUCCUUAUUGCUUCUAAAAUAGAUUUCAAUAAAUACAAUAUCAAAGACCUUUUCAUUUGUGUCCUGAAUAUUCUCUAUGCCAUAUUUUCAAUUAUGGGUAAUCUAAGAUAUUUAUCAGAUUUUGGUAGUGCAUAAACUUCGAGAAAGAGAAUUUAUCAGCAUCUUUUUAAACACAAGAGUGAAGAAUAGGUGCAUGAAGAAGUUAAAAAUGCAUAUUUGCAAAUAUAGAAACAAAACUAGUAAUGUUAAUAAAAUAAUAUGAAAAAUGAUGCUUAAAAUAAGGAAAAUGCCUAAAAUGGAACUAACCUUCAAAUUAAGAAAGAGUUUUCUUUCAAAUAAUAAAAUUAUUCAAAUGGGAAUAGCUAAUUAGGAAAUAUUAAGCUACAAAACGAAUUGACAAAGAAUAUAGAUCAAAAAUUCUAAAAUCAAAAUGAAGAAGAGAAAGAGUAAAAGGAAAAUCAAAUGAUGAUGAGUUUAGAAAGCUGUGUUUAAUUAGAAUAAAAAACUGAAUAAUUAGAUAAAGCAAGUAGCCUAGGAAAUAACAAUAUAAAAAAAUGCUAUUUUGCUAGCAAAACUUCAGAAAGCAAUGAAUAUUAUGAAGGAGGCUAAGUUUUAAUUGAAUUCAAAUAAGUCUAUUUUAAGUAUCCUCACAGAGAAAAUUAUUCUUUGUACAAUGUAAGUUUUCAGAUAAGAAAAGGAGAAAAAGUAAGCAUUAUUGGGGCUUCUGGCAGUGGAAAAUCCACUAUUUUUGCUCUCUUACUUGGUUUUUUUGAGAACUAUCAAGGAUAAAUUUUCAUAAACGGUCAAGACAUAAGAAUGAUGGAUUUAGAAGAAAUUAGAAGGUAGACUAGGUGGGUUUAGCAAGAACCUUUUAUUUUAUAAGAAACAUUGAAGGAAAAUGUUAUUCUAGGUUCUGUUUGGAAAUAAUUUAAUUUUAAAAGAUUUAAACAGUCUUUAGCAGUUACUUGCAGUGAAGAUAUCAUUCUGAAAUGGAAAGAGUAAUACUUUUAAGAGUUAAUGUAUCUUAAGUAGCAACAACUUGAUUCAUCAAUGAACAAUUUGCUCAAUAAAAAAAAUAUCAAUAAUUAAUAAAAAAGGCUUUCUAAGUUGAGUAAGAAAAUAUUUUUCAAUGAAGACGAUAUUAAAAAAAGAUAGUAAGAUGAUUUUGUUAAAUCAACCAUGGAAUACAAUUUGUAGGAAUUGAGUGGAGGCCAAAAGUAAAAAAUUUGUCUUUCUAGAGCUAUUUAUGCAAGUGGCAAUAUCUAUUUAUUCGAUAAUGCAACUUCAUAAAUAGAUGUAAGAACUGAAAAACAAAUAUUUAAAAAUCUGAAAACAAAAUAUUUUAAAGAUAAGACAAUUUUUUAAAUAUCUCAUCGUCUUCAACCGCUUCUGUAUUCAACGAAGCUAAUGAUAAUUAAUUCUGGCUAGCUCUUAGAAUUUAAAAAUGUUGUCCAAAAAGAUAAUCAAAAGAAUGUGGUUUUAGAGUGAAGUUCAAAUUAAUUAUGGGUACCUAGAAUUUAAAAAUGCUGUUCAAGAAGAUAACCAAUAAAAUGAGGUUUUAGAAUAAAAUUCUUGUUGAUUAUAAAUAAUAAAAAAAAUUUUCAAGUUAAUUUAAGCAAAAAAAAUUCUAC